CGUGUUGUCUUGAACUCACCGUCUGUCUUGUAUUUACUGCGUGUCACCAGUUGAGUCCAAAAUAACGUCUAGCGGAGGUGUAGUUCACUAGCUAGCUGUUCAUCUAGCUACACAAAAGGAUUGCUCUUUUUCUUUAAUGAUUUUAUUCAUUCGCGUAAUUUUGUAGCUAGCGAAGUGAGCAGUAAAUCAAAUCCUCAUUCCUCGAUAGCUAUUAAGCUAGCUAGCGAGCCUGCUACCGUAUCCCCAUUUGUGCUAUCUCGGCUAGCUAACUAGCUAGCUACAGACAGAAGCAAUGUCCAUGUAACUGUCAUCGAUGCAUUAAACGUCUAGCGUUGUGUGACACAUUCAGGUUGCAGGCAAGGUGUGGGUGGUCUGCUUAACACUGAUUUGUUUGCCGAGUUCGAUUAGUCUCAGCACCAUGAGCCUGGUCCGCGUUGUGUGUCGUCACAAGACGGCCCUGGCCAUCGGAGGAGUGUGCCUCUUUGCUGUUGUCCUCCUUUUCCUCGCCAAGUGUACCUCGGAGACCCUAAAACAGGGCCAGGCCGACCCUCCAGGCCUAGCACCCCACGCUGCCCACUCCCAGCCCCGAGCAGAGCACCCUGAGCUCCCCUCACGCCCCAAAGACCUCUCGGCCUUCCUGGUGGUCCUCAUCACCACAGGACCCAAGUACACAGAGCGCAGGAGCAUCAUCCGUAGUACCUGGCUGGCUAAGAAGGAUCCGGAGGUUCUAGCUAUGUUCGUGGUGGGAACCGAGGGUCUGCCCGCAGAGGAUAUGCAGAACAUCAACACAGAGCAGGGGCGGCACAAAGACCUGCUCUUACUCCCUGCGCUGCGAGACUCGUAUGAGAACCUGACCCUGAAGCUGCUGCAUAUGUAUUCCUGGCUAGAUCACAAUGUAGACUUCAAGUUUGUGUUAAAAGCGGACGAUGACACUUUUGCUCGUCUGGACCUGUUGAAGGAGGAGCUGAAGACUAAAGAACCCAGCCGGCUGUACUGGGGCUUCUUCUCAGGCCGCGGUCGCGUGAAGACCGCAGGGAAGUGGAGGGAGUCGGCCUGGGAGCUGUGUGACUACUACCUACCCUACGCCCUGGGUGGAGGCUACCUGCUCUCCUGCGACCUCGUACACUACAUCCGAAUCAACACGGCCUACCUCAAGGUGUGGCAGAGCGAGGACGUGUCACUGGGGGCGUGGCUAGCCCCGGUGGACGUCAAACGGACACACGACCCUCGAUUCGACACGGAGUACAAGUCUCGGGGGUGUAGUAAUAAAUACAUGGUGACUCACAAGCAGAGCCUGGAGGAUAUGUUGGAGAAACAGCAGACGCUGCAGAGAGACGGGAGGCUGUGUAAGGAAGAGGUUAAACUCCGCCUGAGCUACGUGUACGACUGGAGCGUCCCGCCCUCACAGUGCUGCCAGAGGAAGGAUGGAAUACCCUGACCUAUAACCCCUAACCUUCCUCACUUUGUCCACCCAUGUAAUUCUCAUCAGUGUUUCCCCUACUAUGGUUACCCAGGCGGUGUGGUGCUCCCCCUAAGCCUUACUCCGUUCUGUGGUGCCCCCCCCCCUUCCCUGUAAAAUAUUGUGCUGCCUUCAGUUGACCUCCAUAGAAGAUGUCUGUUAUGGCAGCCCGCCUAUGAAAAGACCUGAGGAAAACACUGAUCCCCAUUCCCUUUUUAUAUAUGUUUAUUUAUUUAUUUAUUCUGGAGCCUUUGCUGACUGUCCUAAAGCACACUGGUACAGGACUGGGAGAGUGGACCUGACUGGGUGCAGCCACACAACAGGAGACCGUCAUUUAUUAAUAACAGCACAUGUAUGUUGGGAGAAAGUGUACUUAAAGGAACCAGUAUUCAGCUGUCUGGUUGGACAAUGAAAAGACUCGAGUCAUUCCUGAAUCUGUUUAAAAUGUCCUGGAGACUCUCUUUAAGUGGAAGUGGCCCUAUUUAUGAAUGCGAUGGAAGGGAUUCUCUUGAUAUGAAAAUGGGGUGUAUUGUACCAUUGUUCUGAAGCAGAAUGAGCCAGUCAUGGGUUGCUGGUAUUUGGAGUUGCAUUGAGACAAUGUGUAAUAUUGUAGGCCUCUCUCUCCCCUGCUUCCUGAGAGUUCUGUUCAGUUGGGAGAUUUACCCUAUCUGCUGUCUGUUUGGUUGACGUAUUUACUAAGUGCAGUGAUGGUCAACAGAGCUGUUUGUGUUCAGCUGAGCUACUCUACAGGUAAUUUUCCAGCUGAUAUUCGGUUACUUUUAAACCCCCCAAAAAAAGAUUGCUUCUGUUAAUGUCGUUGAAGAAACCAACCGUUGUAUUAUUGUGACUGACUUUGACCGUGUCCUCAUCACCAGUGUUGUUUUAAACCUACUGUCAAACUACUUCAAUAUGAAUGUUUAAAAUAUUUGGACCUAUUAAAAUGUUUUUGAAACAUG